AUGUUUACACAGUCAACAAAGGGCGCAGCUCGACCGACGAGCCCCGAGGGACCGACGAGCCACGAGGAACCAACAAGCCCCAAGGGACCGACAGACCACGAAACACCGACGAGCCACGAGGAACCGACGAGCCACGAGGGACUGACGAUCCACGAGGGACCGACAGACCACGAAGGACCGACGGUCCACAAGGGAUCGACGAGCCACGAGGGACCGACGAGCUACGAGGAACUGACGAGACACGAGGGACCGACAGACCACGGAGGACCGACGAUCCACAAGGGAAUGACAGGCCACGAGGGACCGACGAUCCACGAGGGACCGACGAACCACGAAGGACCGCCGAGCCACGAGGGACCAACGAACCACGAAGGACCGACGAGCCACAAGGGACCGACGAUCCACGAGGGACCGACGAUCUACGAGGGACCGACGAGCCACGAGGGACCGACGAUCCACGAAGGACCGACGAUCCACGAGGGACCGACAGACCACGAGGGACCGACGAUCUACGAGGGACCGACGAACCACGAGGAACCGACAGACCACGAAGGACCGACAGACCACGAGGGACCGACAGACCACGAAGGACCGACGAUCCACGAGGGACCGGCAAGCCACGAGGGACCGACGAGCCACGAGGGACCGACGAACCAGGAGGGACCGACAGACCACGAAGGACCGACGAUCCACGAGGAACCGACAAGCUACGAGGGAUCGACGAGACACGAGGGACUGACAGGAAACGAGGGACCGACGAACCAUGAGAGACCGACGAACGACGAGGGACCGACGAGCCACAAGGGACCCACGAGUCACGAGGAACCGACGGGCCACGAGACAGCGACGGCCCACGAGGGAUAG